AUGGCCGCUGCGUACUGCUGCCUCUCCCUGUUUUUCCUAUCCACCUGGGUGGCUCUGCUGCUGCAGCCCCUGCAGGGUGCCUGGGGGGCCCCCCUGGAGCCAAUGUACCCAGGGGACUAUGCUUCACCAGAGCAGAUGGCCCAGUACGCUACUCAGCUCCGCAGAUAUAUCAACACACAAACCAGGCCGAGGUACGGGAAGAGAGAUGAAGGGAACACAGAUGGACUUCCUAGAAUGCAGCUCCCCCCAUGCACCAGCCCCUGGCUGGUUUGA